AAGUGCUGGGAUUACAGGUGUGAGCCACCACACCCAGCCAGGGUUUAGCCGGCUUCUUUACUGCAACCUGUCUUUAUGACCUGUAUCUUGUGCUGACCUCCUAUGUCAUCCUGUGACUUGGAAUGUCUAACCUCCUGGGAAUGCAGUCCAGAAGGUCUCAGCCUUUUACCCAACUCCCAUUCAGGAUGGUGUUGCUCUGGUUCAAACGCCUCUAACCCAGUCCUAUUUUAAUGUUUCUCUGGGCCUGAUCAUUGGAAAGGAUUUGCCUUCCUCAGAUGCAAGUUCUUUUCUUUCCUUAGCACGGUCCUCAGAGGAGUGAGAUCCACUGAGACAUAAAUGAGAAGGUGGAUGCCAGGUGCUGGGGAAGGGAGUGGGGAGUGUGUGAUCAGUGGGUCCAGAGUUCACUUCAGGAGGAUGGAAAGUUCUGGAGAGGACGGUGGUGUUGGCUGCACUUCAUGCCGCUGAACUGCAAGCUUCAAAUGGUUAAGAUGGUCAAUUUUAUGUUAUAUAGAUAUUGCCAAACGUUAAAAGGGGGAAGGGGACAGCUUGCGGGCCUAUCUCUGAUGGACAGGGAGGAGACGCCUGCUGAGUGAAGGGGAACCACCGCAGGAGGCAGGGAGGGGUCAGCCAGCAUCCACUCCCUCCACAGCUGAAGGCCGCAGCUCCAGGCGGUGAGGGCGGCUCCUGCCUGCCCGGAGCUGGUUGUUGAUAAAUGUCAACGGCCUCUAAAAAUAAACACCCGCCUCCUGGACUUCCACCUCUCUGGGCCGCUUGUUUAAUUAUUCUUUCCUAAGUGGCUCCCACAAACAAAUCUGUGGCUAUGAGCACAGUUUUUCAUACUUAUAUUAUUUUAUUAAAUUUUAUUUUUAAUGUACAAAUAAUAAUUGCAUAUUUUUAAUUGAUUUGGCUCCUUGGGGUCAUUUUGAACAAUUUGCUUUGGCCCUACCUGAAGGACCUGGGAAUGUGCGUGUAACUAGCUUUACACACUUUUGCACCACAAACUUCAGUUUUUGCUGAUCCCCUGCCACCGAGGGAUUGGAGAAAAUCUCAGGAUGCUUGUAGAUUAUUCCAAAACAAACAAUCAAGCUUCUCACCUUGUUUGGUGGAACUUUUUUUUUGACAUAUUUGUCCCAGAGAUUGUACAGAAGAAGCUAUUUUGCGUCCCUUUUUUUUUUUUUUAAGACGGAGUUCUGCUCUUGUCUCCCAGGCUGGAGUGUGCCUCCCAGGUUCAAGUGAUUCUCUGGCCUCAGCCUCCCGAGUAGCUGGAAUUAUAGGCACCCACCACCACGCCUGGCUGAUGUUUGUAUUUUUAGUAGAGAUGGGGUUUCACCAUGUUGGCCAGGCUGGUCUUUAACUCCUGACCUCAGGUGAUCCGCCCGCCUCUGCCUCCCAAAGUGCUGGGAUUACAGGCGUGAGCCACCGUGCCUGGCCUAAAACUGUUUUGCUUCCUAAGAAAAAGCCAAAUGGAAGAGAAAGAAAAUGCCCCCGACGGCCAAAGAAGCUGAAAUUCUCAGAAGCCUAGAGUUGGCUGCUGGAGGAUAGAGCCAAAACUGCUCCAACUUCUUCCUGGAAGCGCACGUGGGGUCCCCUGAGACGUCCACUGGCCUGCACGUCACCAUGGAAUUGCAGGGUUGGGACAUUUUCAUAGUGAGAAACGCUGAGGAACUCUUGACAUGAAAACUCCAGUGGAAGAUGGAAACAUUGAUUGACAGAAAUGGCGCUGACCAGCCAGGCCCUGCCCGUGCCCUGCUUGGAACAUUGAUGAUUGACAGAAAUGGCGCUGACCAGCCAGGCCCUGCCCGUGCCCUGCUUGGAACAUUGAUGAUUGACAGAAAUGGCGCUGACCAGCCAGGCCCUGCCCGUGCCCUGCUUGGAACAUUGAUGAUUGACAGAAAUGGCGCUGACCAGCCAGGCCCUGCCCGUGCCCUGCUUGGAACAUUGAUGAUUGACAGAAAUGGCGCUGACCAGCCAGGCCCUGCCCGUGCCCUGCUUGGAACAUUGAUGAUUGACAGAAAUGGCGCUGACCAGCCAGGCCCUGCCCGUGCCCUGCUUGGAACAUUGAUGAUUGACAGAAAUGGCGCUGACCAGCCAGGCCCUGCCCGUGCCCUGCUUGGAACAUUGAUGAUUGACAGAAAUGGCGCUGACCAGCCAGGCCCUGCCCGUGCCCUGCUUGGAACAUUGAUGAUUGACAGAAAUGGCGCUGACCAGCCAGGCCCUGCCCGUGCCCUGCUUGGAACAUUGAUGAUUGACAGAAAUGGCGCUGACCAGCCAGGCCCUGCCCGUGCCCUGCUUGGAACAUUGAUGAUUGACAGAAAUGGCGCUGACCAGCCAGGCCCUGCCCGUGCCCUGCUUGGAACAUUGAUGAUUGACAGAAAUGGCGCUGACCAGCCAGGCCCUGCCCGUGCCCUGCUUGGAACAUUGAUGAUUGACAGAAAUGGCGCUGACCAGCCAGGCCCUGCCCGUGCCCUGCUUGGAACAUUGAUGAUUGACAGAAAUGGCGCUGACCAGCCAGGCCCUGCCCGUGCCCUGCUUGGAACAUUGAUGAUUGACAGAAAUGGCGCUGACCAGCCAGGCCCUGCCCGUGCCCUGCUUGGAACAUUGAUGAUUGACAGAAAUGGCGCUGACCAGCCAGGCCCUGCCCGUGCCCUGCUUGGAACAUUGAUGAUUGACAGAAAUGGCGCUGACCAGCCAGGCCCUGCCCGUGCCCUGCUUGGAACAUUGAUGAUUGACAGAAAUGGCGCUGACCAGCCAGGCCCUGCCCGUGCCCUGCUUGGAACAUUGAUGAUUGACAGAAAUGGCGCUGACCAGCCAGGCCCUGCCCGUGCCCUGCUUGGAACAUUGAUGAUUGACAGAAAUGGCGCUGACCAGCCAGGCCCUGCCCGUGCCCUGCUUGGAACAUUGAUGAUUGACAGAAAUGGCGCUGACCAGCCAGGCCCUGCCCGUGCCCUGCUUGGAACAUUGAUGAUUGACAGAAAUGGCGCUGACCAGCCAGGCCCUGCCCGUGCCCUGCUUGGAACAUUGAUGAUUGACAGAAAUGGCGCUGACCAGCCAGGCCCUGCCCGUGCCCUGCUUGGAACAUUGAUGAUUGACAGAAAUGGCGCUGACCAGCCAGGCCCUGCCCGUGCCCUGCUUGGAACAUUGAUGAUUGACAGAAAUGGCGCUGACCAGCCAGGCCCUGCCCGUGCCCUGCUUGGAACAUUGAUGAUUGACAGAAAUGGCGCUGACCAGCCAGGCCCUGCCCGUGCCCUGCUUGGAACAUUGAUGAUUGACAGAAAUGGCGCUGACCAGCCAGGCCCUGCCCGUGCCCUGCUUGGAACAUUGAUGAUUGACAGAAAUGGCGCUGACCAGCCAGGCCCUGCCCGUGCCCUGCUUGGAACAUUGAUGAUUGACAGAAAUGGCGCUGACCAGCCAGGCCCUGCCCGUGCCCUGCUUGGAACAUUGAUGAUUGACAGAAAUGGCGCUGACCAGCCAGGCCCUGCCCGUGCCCUGCUUGGAACAUUGAUGAUUGACAGAAAUGGCGCUGACCAGCCAGGCCCUGCCCGUGCCCUGCUUGGAACAUUGAUGAUUGACAGAAAUGGCGCUGACCAGCCAGGCCCUGCCCGUGCCCUGCUUGGAACAUUGAUGAUUGACAGAAAUGGCGCUGACCAGCCAGGCCCUGCCCGUGCCCUGCUUGGAACAUUGAUGAUUGACAGAAAUGGCGCUGACCAGCCAGGCCCUGCCCGUGCCCUGCUUGGAACAUUGAUGAUUGACAGAAAUGGCGCUGACCAGCCAGGCCCUGCCCGUGCCCUGCUUGGAACAUUGAUGAUUGACAGAAAUGGCGCUGACCAGCCAGGCCCUGCCCGUGCCCUGCUUGGAACAUUGAUGAUUGACAGAAAUGGCGCUGACCAGCCAGGCCCUGCCUGUGCCCUGCUUGGAACAUUGAUCAUGUUUGACCUUGACAUCAGCUUGCCGACACAAACACAGACUUGGGCACACACAAACACGCCCAGACUUAAGAAGGCACCAGACCCAGUGAAUUCUCUCCUGGAUCAGGGGAAAGAUUCCGGCCACCUGCUUCGGCCACUUUUUUUUUUUUUUUGGCCAGCCACUGUGAAUACUUACAUAAUUAAAAUUGUCUUUUUCUCUUGUUAAUCUGCCUGAUCACGUUGAUUCCCAGGUGCAAGGAGUUCCCAGGUCCCUCAAGCAAUAGAUUAGACGAAGUGUUUUGUUUUGCUUUGACUUCUUCCUCUAUAUUAGUAAAAGUAUGUCUCACUCUGGGUGUCCUGUAUUUGCAUUUUUAUUUGCUAAAUCCAGUAACGCUAUUCCAGGUGUAAGUAGGUUUCUCUGGACGUACAACUUUCAUCUCACGAAUCUUUAUAUUACUCCUCCUAAAUUCUAACCUAGACAAUGUCAUUAGUUUUCAACAGUAAAAAUAGUCUGAAUUAAGCCUUCCAGAUGCGUACUCCCUUCUUUCCUGAGGCAGAUGAAGUAGAGAAGAAUGAAGGCCAUUAACAAAUCUGGACGAAUCCACCCCAGAAGCAGCUCCUGCUGCACCCACCUCAGCAAAGAAUCCAGAGGCGACCCCUCCUCUCCAUCUGCUCCUCCUCCAGGCCACUGUCCUCUCUAACCCUUCUCACUGGCCCCUGCCUCCACUCUUGUCAGACAGCAAGCUACAGAAUAACUGGGGAAAUACUUUUUAAAAAAAUAAAUCAGACCACAUCAGGCUCUUCAGCAUGGAAAUGUGGGCCGCAACCCAUGGGCCAGCCCACCAGUGCCGAUCAUCCCCAUCACACCCCAUUAGUCCCCAUCGGACCCCUUCAUCCCCAUCAGACUCCAUCAGACCCCAACAGACCCCAUCAGUCACCACCAGAUGCCAUCACACCCCAUUAGUCCCAAUCAGUCCCCAUCAGACCCCAUCACCCUCAUCAGACCCCAUCAGACCCAUCAGACUCCAUCAGUCCCCAGCAGACCCCAUGAGUCCCCAUCAGACCCCAUCACACCCCAUUAGUCCCCAUCAGACUCCAUCAGUCCCCAGCAGACCCCAUGAGUCCCCAUGAGUCCCCAUCAGACUCCUUCAGUCACCACCAGACCCCGUCAUCCCCAUCAGACCCCAUCAGUCCCCAUCAGACUCCAUCAGACCCCAACAGACCCCAUCAGACCCCAUCAGUCCCCAUCAGACUCCAUCAGACCCCAGCAGACCCCAUGAGUCCCCAUCAGACCCCAUCAGACCCCAUCACACCCCAUUAGUCCCCAUCAGACUCCAUCAGUCCCCAGCAGACCCCAUGAGUCCCCAUGAGUCCCCAUCAGACUCCUUCAGUCACCACCAGACCCCGUCAUCCCCAUCAGACCCCAUCAGUCCCCAUCAGACUCCAUCAGACCCCAACAGACCCCAUCAGUCACCACCAGACUCCAUCACACCCCAUUAGUCCCCGUCAGUCCCCAUCAGACUCCAUCAGUCCCCAGCAGACCCCAUGAGUCCCCAUCAGACCCCAUCAGACCCCAUCACACCCCAUUAGUCCCCAUCAGACUCCAUCAGUCCCCAGCAGACCCCAUGAGUCUCCAUGAGUCGCCAUCAGACUCCAUCAUCCCCAUCAGCCCCAUCAGCCCCAUCAGUCUCUGUCAGUUCCCAUGAGUCCCCAUCAGUCCCCAUCGGAUGCAUCAGAACUUUCUGAGCACGUCAUGGAGGAUGACAUCACACAAACCCCAGCUCUUCUUUUCCUCACAUUCGCCUGUGAAUCCAGCAGGCCCUGGGUGAGCACCUGCUGUGUUUAGGAGUCGCAGGUCCUAUUUUCCGAAGUGCUCAUGGCAGCCCCGCUCCUCGUAGGCUGUGACUGGCUCCUCUAUGGAGGAGAGGGGGUCUGUGUUUCUGCUCCUGACUCUGGGCGGCUGUGACUUGGCAGAAGCAACGUGGUGACACAGUUUCCUCUUGUCCAUCUAGCACACCAGCUCUCCAAGCCCAGCCUCCAGGCAGUGUGUAGGCGUUGCAGACAAGCGUGGGUGGGUGACCCAGUGAUGGCACAGCUGAGUGACAGCUGACAGCCACCACUGACCCCAGGUGGGUCAUGACCAGCCCUCAGAUACCCCUUGGCCCCAGGGGUAUGACCAUGAUGGGGAGACCCUGAGGACCACCUGGAGGUGCCCAGGCCACCCGGAACCCUGGAAGGGCACAAAGAGAGGAGGGCUCUUGUUCCAACCACAACUCUGGGGCGAUUUGUCACACAAUGAAUAACUGGAACUGUCCUGGGAACUGGGGACUCAGAGAUGAGGAAGACGGAGCUGUUGCCAGAGUCCACAUUCAGUCCAGAGAGGCAGCAGGAAGACAGACAGCCCCCAGAGAUGCUCUGUGCUCAGGCCCGAGGGCUGCAGGGGUAGCAGGCCCCUCCCUGGACCUUCUGGGACGCUAGCGGUGGCUCUGGGGUGCCUGCGGGUGGGUGUGUAUCAAGCCGGAGAUGCCCAUGGAGUGCCCAGGAGUCAGAUCCUCAGGUCAGCCAUCAGGCAAGAGUCCCCAGCCUCAUCUCUCCGGGGAUCAAUCUGCCAUGGUGUGAUUAAAUCAGUCAGUCCUGGCGCCAAAGAGAAAACAGCCGGUAAGGGACCACACGGCGCCCGUACGAGUGUGAAGCUGCCGUCCUGGGACUCCAGUGCUGUCCCCCCCACCCCGACCUUCUCUUACGUGGCACAUGAACUUGGAGGAUGCGGCUCCAGGUCUGCCCCGUCCUCACACGGGAGCGACUGAGGCACAGGUGGGCACCCACAUCUCAUCUGCUGGGUCCCACAGCAAAUCCCACCAGGGUUCCUCUGCGACAAGCAUUUGCUGCCAAGGCUGAGUGGAGGCCAGCCAAGAAUGCGGCCAAAGCAAAGUGUGGCUUCUUCUUCUUCUUCUUCUUUUUUUUUUUUUUGAGAUGUAAUUUCUCUCUUGUUGCCCAGGCUGGAGCGCGAUGGCGCGAUCUCAGCUCACCACAACCUCCGCCUCCUGAGUUCUCCUGCCUCAGCCUCCCGAGUAGCUGGGAUUACAGGCAUGUGCCACCACGUCAGGCUAAUUUCGUAUUUUUAGUAGAGACGGGGUUGCUCCAUGUUGGUCAGGCUGGUCUUGAACUCCUGAUCUCAGGUGAUCCGCCUGCUUUGGCCUCCCAAAGUGCUGGGAUUUCAGGCAUGAGCCACCGCGCCAAGCCAAGCGGGUUGUGGGUCUCUUCUCCCUCCCCCGCUCUCUAUCUCAGAGGGAGAAGAGCCAGGGAGGGCCAGGAGGAUGCAGGCCUCACUGGGCCCUCCUGCACCCACCCCAGGGUCAGGGGGUCUGAGCAGCAUUCUGGGUUUGUAAAGAAACCCCAUCUCCAAGAAUUCUGGGGAGGAAGCCGUCCAGGUAGUGCUGUCUUGCAGGGUGGCUUGUGAGCGGUUUUAUCCCUUCUGUGAAAGUCUUCAGUGAUGCUGGAAGCCUGGCCCUGCCGGGAGCUCCAGCCCAGCCCAGCGCCUGGUGCCCUCCUCACCGUCACUGGACAUGAACCCUAGGAGGCAGUGUAUGUCCACAGAUCAUUUCUCCCUGAGCACUGUCUCAGCUCCAAAAUCACUCUCACUGUUUUCCUAUAACCCUGCCUGGCUGUCUCUGUGGGCAAUUUCAGAGCUGCAUGUGUGCUGUGUGCAUUUCCAGUGGGGAGAGAUGGCUUCCUACCUGUUUUCACACUCUUUCUUUAAUCCGUGCUCAUAAACACUAUUUCCGCAGAACCCCUGAAUCAGUGAUGGUCAGAAAAUGUAGCAGGUACUGCACUCUAGCCUGGGCAACAGAGCGAGACCCUGUCUCUGAAACAACAACAGCAAAAGCCUUUCUGGUAGAUGGUGGUGUACACGCUGGUCUUAGUUUCUAUCCAGUUUAAAAAUCUUUGCUAUUUAAUUGGAGUGUUUAGAUCAUUAAUGAAAUGAAUUAUAUGGUUAGGUUUAAGUUUACCCUGUCUCUAAUUUAAAAAUAAAAAGAAGGCUGGGUGUGGUGGCUCAUGCCUGUAAUCCCAGCACCUUGGGAGGCCGAGGCUGGAUCACGAGUUCAGGAGUUCGAGACCAGCCUGACCAACAUGGUGACACCCCAUCUCUACUAAAAAUACAAAAAUGAGCCGGGCGUGGUGGCGGGCGCCUGUAAUCCCAGCUACUCAGGAGGCUGAGGCAGGAGAAUUGCUUGAACCCGGGAGGCGGAGCUUGCAGUGAGCUGAGAUCGCGCCACUGCACAACAGCUUGGGCAACAGAGCAAGACUCUGUCUCAAAAAAAAAUAAAAAAUAAAACAAACAAAAAUAAAAAGAAAUAAGGAUGUCCUUAAGGUACAGUGAGGUCAUUCCCGUGGUCCCUGAGGCAACCUGUCUGGUGUCCUCAUAAGAGGAGGAGAUUAGGGCGCAGGCACACCGGGGCAUGACAGUGAGGACAC